CGUGGGGAGCCGUGCGAGGCGACGGCGGAAUGAGGGGAUGUACGCUAGAAGCAAGAUGGGGCAUCGCUGCGGUGACUUACGUUGUUCAGAAGGAGAGGGCAGCCGGGUGCGUGACUAGGCCGGGGAGCGUUUGCGGGGAGUGUUCGGACGCAGAGCUGGGAAGCCCAAAGCUCCCCCCCCCCCCCCGCCAGUCCCACCCCAGGCCCCAGGAAAGACGCAAAGAAUCUUCCCCAGGUGUGACAGAGGUGACUAUCAUAGAGAAACCACCUGCUGAACGUCAUAUGAUUUCUUCAUGGGAACAAAAAAAUAACUGCCUGCUACCUGAGGAUGUGAAGAAUUUUUACCUGAUGACCAAUGGCUUCCACAUGACAUGGAGUGUGAAGCUGGAUGAGCACACCAUUCCAUUGGGCAGCAUGGCGAUUAACAGCAUCGCAAAACUGACUCAACUCAACCAGUCUUCCGUGUAUUCACUCCCAAAUGCACCAACGCUGGCAGACCUGGAGGAUGAUGCACUUGAAGCCAGUGAGAACCAGCCAGAGAAGCCUCACUUUGAUUCUCGCAGUGUGAUAUUUGAGCUGGAUCCUUGCAAUGGGAAUGGGAAGGUUUGCCUUGUCUACAAAAGAGGGAAACCAGCGUCAGCGCAAGACGCUGAGAUCUGGUUCCUGGACAGAGCGUUAUACUGGCAUUUCCUCACUGAUUCCUUCACUGCUUACUAUCGCCUGCUCAUCACGCACCUGGGCCUGCCGCAGUGGCAAUACGCCUUCACCAGCUACGGCAUCAGCCCACAGGCCAAGUGGUUCAACAUGUAUAAACCCAUCACCUACAACACAGACCUACUUGCAGAAGAGACCAACUGCUUCGUGAACAAGCUGGAUCCCAGCAGAGUGUUCAAGAGCAAGAACAAGACCUUAAUCCCCAAAAAGAAAGGGCCAGUCCAGCCUGCAGCUGGCCAGAAAGGGCCCCCGGGUCCUCCCUCCACCUCUAAAUCCUCUUCUAGCCCUGGAAACCCUGUCCGGAAAUGAGCACCCCUACCUCCCCGCCAGCCCUACAGCAACGAUUUCCAUGCACAGAUGGCCCAAGCCCCAGAUUCUGUGAGUGGCACCAUAGGCCUCUUCCCAUCUGCGUGAGCCAAAUCCUAGGCCUUUUACUCCCGUUGGCAUUAGCCAGGAGUUCAAGGGCAUACUCAGGUCUCCCCUAGAGUCCUUUCCUCAGCCCUUGCCUCUGAAAGCUGUGGAGAGUUUCAGAACUUGUUUAAGUAGUUAAAUAGAGCUGCUCAGAGCUUCCUCUCUUUCCACCCCCAACCAUCUACACCCCUCAGCAGUGAUCAGAGAAAUCCCCCGAAGAAACCACUGAUUUUGACCCAUGAGGCAUUAGAACUGUGCUGUUCAGUUGGUAAUCACUAGCCACAGGUGGCUGUAUAAAUUAAAAACUCAGUUCGUCAGUUGCAUUAGCCACAUUGUGAGUAUUCAUGUGGCUAAUAGCUUCUGUAUUCAACAACAGAGAUAAUGGAACAUUUCCAUCAUCACAGAAAGUUCUGUUGGGCAGCACUGCAUUAGAAUAUUUUCAUGCUGCCCUUACUCAGAUCAGUUCAUUUUUGUUGGAGAAUGUGGAUACCUUAAUUUGAUGGGUCAUAAUGUUCCAUGGAAAUUCUUGAAGGUACAAUUGUGUAUGUUCUUUUUAUUUUUCAUAAUUCUCACUGGUCCUUUUCAGUUUCCUAUAAAAUUUGUUGUUUCCAGUUUUGCAGUGUGAUGUUUUAUACAUUGCCAAAAUUAUCUUAGUUUUGUUUUUUUUUUUUAAAGGCGGUAAUUCUCUACUUGAACCAUUUAAAAACAAAAAACAAACUCCCAAGCAUUGUUUUACAGGACUCCGCAUAAAGAGUUCUUAUGAAACCACUGUUGACAAGAGCUUUCCACCUGCCCUGCCUACUCCCAGCUCUCAGCAAUUCAUGGAGUGGCAGAAAGGGACAAAGAGGGACCAAGCUAUCAAGGAUAACAGCUCAAGUUUAGUCUAUUAGAAGAAUUUUUCUGCCAGACUGAUCAAAUGAAAGGGAGAGCCAACAGCACCAGAUCAGUGAGUCCAGCAUGUGGCUGCUGGUCCAAGACCAGUCAAAGGUAGAAGGGGAUUGGGCAGGCGGGUCACCGUCUACUGCGCAAGCCAGCCUCUCGUGCCGAUGCAUCGCCUGAAUCCCUUUGGAGUCAGUCCUGGCCCUGUGCUAGUUUUCACAGGAACAGCCGCAGAGGAACCGGAGUGCAGCACUGCCCUUCGUGUCACUGGCAGUCCUCAAAAGGCUAUAGAAUAGAGAAGGAGGGGGCUCCGCAAAGGUAAGGAGAGCAGUGAAGAGCCGGGCUGGUUACCUGAGUGCAGGACCCGGUGCCAAACAAAGAUGGGGGGCCUCGUGUCCAAAAAUUAGGAAAGUAGUACCAUUAAAAGUACUAAAAUGUUCUCCCUUUCUUCCAUGGUCUCUCUCACAUCUUGUUGUGGGUUUUUACUUGCUACUUAGUGCUGUCCUAAGUAACGAAAAAUUUAAAUUCUAAAUCAUUAGCAUUAAUUUUAUUCCUCUUUAUAGUACACCAUUCCAGUUUUAAAUGCAACUAGAAGAGCAGAGAACUCAUGCAGAAUCACCAAAAUUAAACAAGUUACAUUUCAUAGCUUAUGUAUAUAUGUGGUAUAUAUAUGUAUUUUGUCCUUAUUAGGCAACACUGCAAAAAAAAAAACCUCGCUCAACUAUUAUUUCACUUCUUGAUACGUACACAUUCUAUCAACACUCUUGCAGCUUACUGAUGAGUAAGGAAGGGCUAAAAGAAAAACUAGGAGCUGCCCUAUGUUUUCUUUUUUCCUAAGUCAUCAUUUUCAGCAGAUGUGGGUGGCUAACGAAGGAAAAUGACACGAGUAAAAUAAAAACUUAAAAGUAACAUGAGUAGAAAAAAGAUAUGACUAGGUUCCGCAGUCAUUCAUGCUUCUUAGAAUGCCAUUACCUUCUUUUCACAUUCAAAUCAAGUCUGGUUCAAAUAGAAAGCACGGCCUCUUGGGGCUCUCAGUGCCCACACUUACUCAGUUGUAGGAAUAACUUGCUUAUGCUUGGAAUCUCUUCUCAACCGGGCCAUGGUGGGUCUGCUGGAAUUCUGUGCACGCAGGCAUCACAACGGUGCUAAGUGAAUGGGGGGAUGGGGAACAGCGGACACACUGCAUGGAUCUCCUCUGCUCCUGUGUGCCUGCCUUUGUCUUACCAGACUUCACUUAAAAAACACAAGUUCAAAGACAAAAUUAAGAACUUCAGACAGUGACAGGAGAGCAUUCAACCACAUGUGAGGCCCACUAAGUGUGGGGCCCUCUGUGCUGACUCUGGCCAUGUGCCUGUGAAGCCGCCCCCAAGAAGGAAGAAGGGAGCUCUCCUGGUGAAAGACACAGACAACCUGUAAGCGGAGUGUGCUACGUGGGGAGAAAACUCACCCAUGAGAUUUAUGUUUCGAAACUAAAGCAAUUUAAAUGGCAAGAGGUUCUACUGUAUAUCAGCUGCCCAAGAAAAAGAUAACUAUGCUGGAAUCACAAAAUGAGAAUAAGUGGCAGAAUGCCUCAGGAUGCACUGAUGUAGUUAAGAUUGUGCAUAAAGUGCCACAUCCUCAUGCUGCUUGAGUCCUAUAGCAGGGAAGUCCCCAAGCCAAGGACAGGACUGAUGGGGGGCUACUUGCACAUAAUAACCCAUAGGAUCUAUCCCUUGAAGCUGUGCCUCCCCAAACUUGAACAUACAUCAGUGUCACUGGACUUGUGUGUAGAAAAUCAGAUACCUUUUCAAAUCCCACUCCAGACCCACUAAAUCAAAAUGGCAAGGAAAUAUCAGGACUCUUACUCAACUGUAAUUGUGACAAUAACGCUUACCAAAUCUGAAGCUUUCUACUUCGUGGGUCUAAGUGGUUGUGCUUUCACUGCAUGGAGAAGAACUCUAAAUCUGUUUUUCAUCUAGAAAAGCAUGUACGAUGAUUGGAACGGAAGGACCAAGGGACCCUGUGUGAAUAGUAUUUUUUAAACCUUUUAUUAUGGAGAAUUUUAAAUAUUUACAAAGAUAGGUAGAAUAAUGAACCCAUGGAUACGUCACCCAGUUUAAGCAGUUCUUAAGACCAAGCAUAUCUAUACAUCUGGUCUUUGGCCUUCCAAUUUUAAUUUUUUAAAUAAUUCCAUUUUAACUUACCUAUUGGUUUUUAAGUUACAGUUCUUUGCAUUACAUUUUUAACAGUUGCUCUAAGGAUUACAAUAUUUAUUCUGUUUCCUAUUGAAUGCAGUACCCACUCAGACACAUAGCAUCCCUAAGUAGCCAUAUUUGUGUAGUAGAACUCUGGCCCCCUGAUUGCAGGUCACUGGACAGUAGGAGGAUACCAAUUUAAAUUGACUAUACUUUAACCCUUUGGGUCUUGUGAUGAAUUCUCUUUGGUUUAAGCUAACCCAGACUGGAUUGUUUUUCUAGCUGAGCAUGCCCUGGUUAAUACACAGCCUCUAAUAUGGAGCUAUUGUGAAGAUUAAAUCAGCUCAUUGGUGAGAAAUCCGAAUAGUCCCUUCUUUUUCCCGUCUUCCUUUAUAAUGCGACUCCAACCUUUGUCUCUAGCCAUUCCUUUAUGGGCCAUCUGGUUCUGUCUUCUGAUCCACUCACUUUCCUUCCAAAACACGAGCAUGGUUUCCUACCUGCCAGUGCAGGCCAGAUGUCCCUGCUCUGCCUCCCAAGGUCCUGCUCCAGUCUCCUCCACCUCAGAGUUCUCCAUGCAGCCUAGUCCAGCAGCAGAGCCCUCCCUGGGGCAGAGUGCCACACAGCGGUACCACUCAAGGAACCCUGGGUCAUCUUGCCUUGUUUCCUAUCUUCAGUGGUUGUUGAGAUAACGACUGUGUGUUACUUUGGCAAGCCAUGCUGCUUGGUGUGGAACUCCAUUAACCAUUAAAGGAUUAAACUUCAAAUCAAUUAAUACAUAAUUUUG